AGCGGACGCAGCUCGGCGGAUGCCGGGGCCGCCCGGGGGUCCCCGCGGAUCCCUGAGGAUUUGUAGCUGUCCAGGCUGUCCCGCUCGCAGGGAGCGUUUGCCAUGGACACUGGGCACGUAAGCAGAUCCCGCUUCAGUGUGGCCUCCAGCCCGCCGCGCUGGGAGAUCGGGCUCUACGCCGCCGGCGCCUUGGCGCUGCUGGGAAUCGCAGCCAUCAACCUGUGGAAGCUCUGGCGCUCCGGGAGCUACCCGGCCCCUUCCCCCUUCCCCAAUUAUGACUAUCGGUACCUGGAGCAGAAGUACGGAGCGGCGUGCCCGGACAUCAGGAGCAAGCGAGGGCUGGCCCCGGGCUCGCAGCGGGCGCCAGGUCGGAGCUCUUCGUCCCGCAAGAGCAGCCUGAGGGCAGAGGACGCCUUGGAGAGCAUCCAGGAGCUGGGCAGCCUGGAGCUGAUGGGCAGGGACCUGGGCCUGGCCCACUACGGCCCCCUGCGGAAAUCCAUCUCGGCCGACUCCCUCAACUCCAUCUCGUCCAUCGGGAACAACUUCGGGCAGGAUUUCACGGUGGGGCAGGUGGAGGUGUCCAUGGAGUACGACGGGAGGGCGGCCGCCCUGCACGUGACGCUGCUGCAGGGCAAGGACCUGCUGGAGAAGGAGGAUGCGCGCUUCGAGUCCUGCUUCAUGCGGAUCAGCCUCCUCCCGGCCGAGCAGAUCGUCGGCAUCUCCCGGAUCCAGAGGAGCUCCUACUCGGUGGCGUUCGACGAGCGCUUCUCGGUGCCGCUGGACCCGGCGGCGCUGGAGGAGAACAGCCUGCGCUUCUCCGUCUUCGGCGUGGACGAGGACGAGCGCAGCGUCAGCACCGGCGUGGCCGAGCUCAAACUCUCCGACCUGGAGCUGGCCACGCGUCCCUUCAACGCCUGGCUCUACCUGCAGGACACCAACAAGGCGGUGGACACGGUGGGGGAGAUCCUGCUCUCCCUGAGCUACCUGCCCACAGCCGAGCGGCUCACCGUGGUGGUGGUCAAAGCCAAGAACCUCGUGUGGAGCAAUGGGAAGGUGACUGCAGAUCCCUUUGUCAAGGUGUACCUGCUGCAGGACGGGAGGAAGAUCAGCAAGAAGAAGACGGCAGUGAAGAGGGGAGACACCAACCCCGUGUUCAACGAGGCCAUGAUCUUCUCCGUGCCGGCCAUCGUGCUCCAGGAGCUGUCCCUGCGCGUGACGGUGGCCGAGGGCGGCGAGGACGGGCGCGGGGACAACACGGGCCACGUGCUGAUCGGGCCGGCGGCCAGCGGCAUGGGCACCACGCACUGGAACCAGAUGCUGGCCACGCUGCGCAAGCCCGUCUCCAUGUGGCACCCGCUCCGCAGGAAUUAGGCCGGAGCCCGCGGACUCGGUGGCACCGCAGGGCCGAGCUGCCGGCGCUGAGGGGCCCAAAGCACCCGGAGCACGGACAGAGCGGCUCCGCGGGCACAGCCCGGUCACCCCUGCACACCUGGGCCAGGAGCCCAAAAUGGACCAAAAGCAGGAGGAACCUCCCCAAACCGCGGCUCCCAACGGCCUCGGAACCUGUGGAAUCCUCAAACGUGGACUCGGAGCGAGAGAGAGUGGGGAUUCCUUUGGAAGGUGGUUUUUGGGUGGGAAUUGUGAGGGGGUGAUCCUGAGAGGAUCUUUUGUAGUGACUUUGGUGCUCUGUGCCAGGGUUGGAAUGUUUCCAGGGAGAAUGGAAGAAGGGAGCAAUAACAGCAGAAAAUCAAUUGUU